AUGCAACUGGUCACGCAACUCAUCCUUGGUGCCGUCUUGAUCGGCUUCACGGUCUUCAAGGCGUACCAGUCCUACAAGGAGAAAAAUGAUGCCAAGUAUCCGAUAGGCCCUAGGCAGAUGCCCUUUGUUGGACGCAUCCACGACCUGCCUAUCCAAUUCAUGUGGCUCAAGUUCAAAGAGUGGGCAGAGAUCUACUCUGGCAACAAGGGCUUCUAUAUGACGGACAUGUUGGGCGCCAAGUUCCUCGUCGUCUCCGAGGAAAAGGUCAUUGAGGAUCUCCUGGUAAAGAAGGCCAAGCACAACUCGGAUCGCCCUGUCAUAAGGUCACUCUUUGAUUCCAAGAGCUCGCAUGGAUCCAUGGAAUAUCUACCACUAAUGGGUAGAAAUCAAUACUGGGCUCGUCAACGCAAGCUUCAACAUUCGUAUCUCACCGAAGCAAGCAAUGCGCAAUACUAUGGAAUCAUGAACCACGAGGCAAAGAGAUGGCUGGCACGACUCAUUGAGAACCCCGACAAUUUUCAAUUCUCUCUGGAAGAUAUGGCAUCAAAGGUCAUGUGUACACUGACCUGGGACGACCCCAGCUUGAGCGAGUACUGUACCAAGAGCGCUUGGGGGCUUCUUACACAAAUGUCGCCGGCGGGACCCAUCACAAACGUCUUGACACCACUCUGGCACCUGCCCUGGCACUUCAACCCCUGGCUUCAAGCCGAACGCAAGCGCCAUGACGAGCAGCAGGCCUGGUGGAUGGAGCGACUCCUUACGACACGCAAGAAGGUCGAGGCAGGCCAGCAACGCCCUUGCUGGACGCGUCAGUAUCUCGAAAAGAUGGAGAGCAAGAACGUGCUUUCUGGAGACUACGAGAGCUCGUCGGCGCUCGGCAUGUUGGCGCUCGUGGGCAUCUUUACCGUCGCCGGCCCCCUGUCGUACUUUCUCGUCUCCAUGGUCCACCACCCAGAGUGGCAAGCCCGCGUACAGCAGGAGAUUGAUGAACAGUGCGAGGGCAAGCUGCCAACCAUUGCCGACAUGCCCAAGCUACCAAUCUUGCGUGCCUGUCUGAAAGAAACUAUGCGAUGGAAGCCAAACGUACCAACUGGUGUUGCUCAUGAAAUGGAGCAGGAUGAUGUAUAUCAAGGCUAUUUCCUACCCAAAGGAACACGCAUUCUGCCACUGGACUGGGCAUUCCUACGAAGUCCUGUCAAGUACCCAGACCCGGAGACGUUCCGCCCAGAGCGCUGGAUCGAACCUGGCUGGCCUACUUACCAGGAGCCACUGACCCAGUUCCCAACCAUCAAGGGAAUGUCAUCAUUUGGUUGGGGUCAGAGGCAAUGCCUGGGCAUGACGCUGACGCAGGACGAGCUGGUCGUCGCUUGCGGUGCGCUCAUGUGGUGCUUCAACUUGAAGCAAAAGGUUGACCCCAGCACGGGCCAAAACCUCCCCGUGCCGCUCAACAAGUCUAAUUCGCUUCUCAUCAUCAAGCCCGACCCCUUCCAGAUGGCUUUCGAGCCCCGGAGUGAGGAGCGCAAGCAAGAGGCUUUGAGACUUUGGGCCGAGUCCGAGGCUCGGGACCUCCAGGAGAGGGCAGACUUCUUGGGCCAGGCCGCCAGCUUGCCAGAAGAUCAUCUGGAUAUUGAGACUACAACCAUUGUGACUUUUGCCGACGAGAAGGCGGUACGAAAACCUCAAAUUACAAUCUCGGAAAAGCAGGAGAAAAUGGCACAUUGGGUCAAGACUGUGGAAACGGGCCAUGCGUCAUUGAUGGAUUAG